UGGAUAAAUAAACAAUGUCAAAUUUGGUUGAAAAGAAAAAAACAAAAUCAACACGUCGUCAAAAGUAAAUAAAACCAAGAAAGCACACUGGCCCAUCCCACCUUCAUUUUAAAUCCUAUGUGUUUUAUUCUCUUACCUUAAACCAAGAAACUGAUUCUUUCAUAACUGCAUACUUUGCGGAUAUUCCUCAGAAGAUCUGUCUGAAAAACACUCGAAAAAGUUUUCAUAUAUCCUGACAGGGAACACGAACAUGGAGAAUAAAUACAGUUUGUAUAGACAGGGAAGCAGCGCCCGGACAUCCAUUAUUGGAAACGAGGAAGAACUCCAGGAGGAAGAUGUCUGGGGAUCAUCAGUUUCCAGGGAAACAAAGAAUUCUGAUUCCAGGCCCGUCAAGAGUUCAUCGUUUAAGGAGCCCUUUUUGAUUCCGAAACGCCUCCAGACAGUAGCCAGAAUGAUACCAAAAUCCCACAGACACCAUCCCAACUCCCAAGAACCUAAGAUUGUUCAUCACUCAGCCCCUCUGAACAUACCUGACUGGUCAAAAAUCUAUGGAACAACCUCAAAAACCACUUCCAAGAACGAUGACGGCUUUCCAGGGAGUGGCUGGGAAAGAGAUGAGGAUGACAAAGACGUAGAUGGAGAAGACGGGAACGUGAUUCCCCCGCACGAAUGGAUUGCCAGGAAUCGGAUUUCCUCGUUCUCUAUGUGUGAGGGUGUUGGGAGGACACUGAAAGGAAGGGACUUAAGCCGGGUGAGAAACGCUGUCUUGACAAAAACAGGCUUUCUUGAAUCAAAUUCCAGCCAUCAAUAGCAGUUAGCAGUGAAAAUAAUGUCAGUUUGAUUAAUGCUUUUGUAUAUAGUCUGAAAUAUUGGGUGUCUCCGUGCAAUUAGUCAUGGUGAUGAUAACCUUUUUUGCUUGUAGAGCCUUUGUUCUCUAUGGAAUUGUUAUUUAUAUUUUGAAGGAAAUUUUCUUUCAUUGACGUGUCAAAUGACUCAUCAUGGUGGGUCCGUGUCUAAUUGUCCUUACAUGGCGUAGAACCCGCAUCAUCCAUGUUGUCAUAUGUGUAUGCGUAAUGUGGCUAAUGACACGUAUUCGUACAAACAUGGAAGAUGAUGCAAGCUAACUCAUUGUUGCCGGUCUGACUUGGACCUCACUUAUAAUGGUGAUUAAUUUUUGGUCAUGACUUGUCGGAUCACUCCUUAGGAUAAAUUUGCAUUUUGUGCUUGUGGGCCUGUUAAUUUACCAAAACUUUCAACGUCAUUUUUUG